AUGACCGUUCUACCGGAUAUCAAGGCGACACCAAUUCGUACUAUUCAAUCAUCUCGAUUAUCUCGAACACAGUCAUUACCAAAAUUAAGCGAGCCAAAUGCGAUUAUUGAGAGAAAACCAUCAUCACGAAAAAAUGAGAUACGUACUUCAAUACCACCACAACGUACUAAAACACCAAAAAUAAAAAUUGUUGCCCGACAUAGUCUAUUAAAACAACGAUUUCCAAAAACCGAUGGAGCUAAACAAUAUAAUUUUAUCUGGAAACCAUUUGUAAAAGAACCGUACGAUUACGAUUAUCAAUGGGAACCAGUUCUUCGUGAAGAUAUACGACAUCAAUAUGAUAAUUAUAUACCACCUGAAAAAAUUAUUGCUAGUCGUCCUGAUGAUCCGUAUGCAAUGACUACUUAUUUUGAAACAGAAGAUAGACACUACCAAAAUUAUACACGUCAUCAACAAAUGAAACAAGCACAAUGGAAUAGAGAUCAUAUUGAAUAUACAAUUUAUCCCUAUUCUAAGAUAGAUGAGAGAGAAAUGUAUAAUAAACGAAUACGAUCAACGUUGAAAGAACAAAUGGAACAAAAAACGCUUUCAGAUAAAUCUAUUCUUAUGGAGAAGAAUCAUGAAACAUUAAUGGCAAUUGAACAAGAUCGACAUGAUUUAGAACAUGAUAAACAAAAACAAAUAGCAAGAUCAAAAAUUUUGUUAAAUGUUACAGCUAAUAAUAAAAAGUUAAUGGAAAAUAAAUGGGACUAUGACAAUUGGAACAGAAAAUAUCAAUGGCAUGUUGAUCGAAGUAUUUUAAUGGAUGAUCCUAUUAAUUGGAGUAAAACUAUGACAUAA